CAUUUUAGUUCUAUUGGUCACUUGGCAACAUUGCAGUACACAAUGCUGUCUCGAACCAGAAGCGUCAAUUGUCAAUGUUAAAAACGCCAUCGUAACUGUCAUUCGCGCACGUCAUUUUCUUUUACUUCUUUUGGACUUGAAAAAUCGGUCGGGAAGAUGACCAACUCAAAGGGUUACCGUCGAGGAACGAGAGAUUUGUUCUCUCGUAAAUUCAAAAAACAUGGAGUUAUUCCCUUGUCCACCUACAUGAAAGUCUACAAGAUCGGAGAUAUUGUAGACAUCAAAGGCAAUGGUGCUGUACAGAAGGGUAUGCCCUACAAAGUUUACCAUGGCAAAACUGGACGUGUAUUUAAUGUUACCGCCCAUGCUUUGGGAGUUAUCGUCAAUAAGAGAGUCCGAGGUAGAAUCAUCCCCAAAAGGAUCAACAUCCGUAUCGAGCACGUAACUCACUCAAAGUGCCGACAAGACUUUUUGGAAAGAGUGAAACAGAACGAGAAAUUGCGUCGCGAAGCAAAGGAGAAGAACGUGAAGGUCGAGUUGAGGAGACAACCCGCCCAACCUAGGCCGGCCCAUAUCGUGAGCGGAACCCAGGGAGCCGUCAGUUUGGCCCCCAUUCCCUAUGAAUUUAUCGCUUAGGUUUUUAUUUUUUAUGACUUUAAUAAACUUGUAAAAA